CCCUUCCCUCCUCCUUGGAGGCAAGAGCAACAACAGCUGAGACAGAGAAAAAGGGGAUACAGAAGUGUUGGGGAGCUGAGACUUCCCGCUCCCCGACAACUCCAAGUGUUUAAAGGCGACAGGAAGACCUCUGAAGAUGGGAACUAUACAAGAGGCAGGAGAAAAGACAUUGGAUCUCGGGGUCAGGGAGAAUGCAGAAACAGCAGUACUAGGAGCAUCCUUGAGACUUGGGGGACUGGAGCUGAAGGAAGACUGGCAGGAUGAAGAACUCCCUAGAUUGCUUCCUGAAGAGGCUGACCCUUCUGGAGAUCCUCAUAAUCCUGAAAGAGACUCACAGGCAGGAACCCCCAGUACUUUAGCCCUGUGUGGCCAGCGCCCCAUGCGUAAGCGUCUUUGUGCCCCAGAGUUGCGACUGAAUCUGACUAAGGGGCCUGGAGAUAACGGAGCUUCUCCCACCCACUCUGUUCCUUCCUCUCCUGAGGGCAGUUCUGACCUGGAGGUAGACGAGUUGGAGACACCUUCAGACUCGGAGCAGCUGGACAGUGGACAUGAAUUUGAAUGGGAAGAUGAGCUGCCCCGGUCAGAGGGCCUGGGGGCCAGUGAGGCAGCUGAAAGGCUGGGCCAGGGUUGUAUGUGGGAUGUGGCUGGAGAAGAUGGUCAUUGCUGGAGGGUGUUCCGAACAGGGCAGCAGGAGCAGCGAGUGGACAUGACCGUCAUUGAGCCCUAUAAGAAAGUCCUAUCUCAUGGAGGCUACCAUGGUGAUGGCCUCAAUGUUGUCAUCCUCUUUGCGUCCUGUUAUCUACCCAGAAGCAGCAUCCCCAACUACACCUAUGUCAUGGAACACUUGUUUAGGUAUAUGGUGGGUACUCUGGAGCUGCUGAUAGCUGAAAAUUAUCUGCUUGUUCACCUGAGUGGAGGCACAAGUAGGGCCCAAGUUCCACCUCUGAGCUGGAUACGCCAGUGUUACCACACCCUGGAUCGGCGGCUCCGGAAAAACCUGCAUGCCCUGGUGGUUGUCCAUGCUACAUGGUAUAUGAAGGCAUUCCUGGCACUGCUUCGGCCCUUCAUCAGUUCCAAGUUCACACGGAAGAUCCGUUUUCUGAACAGCCUUGGAGAGCUGGCCCAACUCAUCUCUAUGGAUCAGGUCCACAUCCCAGAAGCUGUCAGACGGCUGGACCAGGAUCUCCAUGGCUCAGGAGGGACCUAGCAUAGGACUGGAAUAAUGAGCUUAAGAACCAAGCAAAGAUAUUGAUCUGCUUACACCCUAAACCCUGAAACAUCUGAGCUGUUUUGUAAAUCAUCUCAUCCUCAAUCCCAGUACCACUGGAUCUUCACAUCUCAAUGGGAUGUAGUUCCUUCCAUGACCCUGACUUCAAAGCAGGGCUCUGAGGUCCAGAACCUGAUGUGCUGGGUGACUUUAAUUUCAGCUGGAGGGGUGCAUGUUGUGGCAUUUUAUAUAGGAAAGUGCAAAGCUGUGCUGCUUUAGCUGUAGAACCUUGGGCAAAUAACCUCCUCUCUUUGAGUCUGAGAUCCUUUCCACCUGGGGUAUUCUAGCAGUCUGUGAAGGUGAGGGGUGGAUGGGGAGGGCAGGGCUCCUGCUGGGAGCCAGGAGUCAGUGCCCUAAAUGUUGAAGAGCCAUUCUGUUUCCCUCUUUCCUUCAGUAGUCACGUCUGCUGCCUGUGAGCCUGGGGAGGGGCAUUUUCAAAACCUGUAUUUUGUCCUCUUUCGUAAAUUCAGAUCUGUAG